AUGUUAUUUGGUGAUUGGUUUGUUGGAGUGUCAUCCCUACAGUUGCGGUUUAUUUUCGACAAAUUUGAAGAAGAAACAGACUUGACUUGGGAAGAUCCAUAUAAUAAAACAAUUUUAAUAGAUAAUGAAACAAUUGCUUUAGAUAUAUUAGACACGUACUCAAGUGAAAUAAUUCAAAAUGAUUCUUAUAACAUAAGAUAUUUGAAAGAAUCCGAUGGCUUUGUUCUAAUCUAUUCUAUAGACAAUUAUUUUACAUUUUGCGGCUUAAAAUCAUACAUUGAAGUUAUAAACAAAUACAAACAAAUGGAUUUGAAUGUAAAGAUCUCAUGUGUUCUCUGUGGAAACAAAAGAGAUUCAAAUACACAACUUGUCUCCCAGCGAGAAGUUAUUAAAUUUGCAAAGAAAUGGAACAUGUCACUCAUAGAAACGUCUGCCAAACAAAUUUUUUUUGUCAAUGAAUGUUUCUUUCAUAUUGCAAAAAUAGAGAAAGAACCAAAGACCAAACUUAAACCAAGCUGUUUUAUUUUUUUAAAGUUUUUUGUAAAAGAAAAAUCCACUAAUAAUCGGGGUUUGCUCAGAGGAUGUGUUGGUGUAAAUACGGUUUAA